AUGCACGCGCCGCGGGCCAUCGGCGCCUUCGUGGCCUGGGACUACGUGGUGUUCGCCGGCAUGCUGCUCGUCUCGGCCGCCAUCGGCAUCUACUACGCCUUCGCGGGGGGCGGCCAGCGGACCUCCAAGGACUUCCUGAUGGGCGGCCGCAGGAUGAGCGCCGUGCCCGUGUCGCUGUCCCUCACCGCCAGCUUCAUGUCGGCCGUCACCAUCCUGGGCUCCCCCUCGGAGGUGUACCGUUUCGGGGCCAUGUACAUCAUCUUCGCCAUCGCCUACUUCUUCGUGGUCCUCGUCAGCGCCGAGGUCUUCCUCCCGGUGUUCUACAAGCUGGGGAUCACCAGCACCUACGAGUAUUUAGAACUUCGAUUUAACAAAUGCGUUCGUCUCUGUGGAACAGUCCUCUUCAUUUGUCAAACAAUUCUGUAUACUGGAAUUGUUAUUUAUGCCCCUGCUCUGGCUUUGAAUCAAGUUACAGGAUUUGAUCUGUGGGGUGUAGUAGCCGCAACGGGGGUGGUCUGCACAUUCUACUGCACACUGGGUGGACUUAAAGCGGUUGUCUGGACAGACGUUUUUCAAGCUGGGAUCAUGCUGGCGGGAUACGCGUCAGUGAUUAUACGGGCUGCGGUGAUUCAAGGUGGCAUCACCACUAUUUUUAAUGAUGCCUACAAUGGUGGAAGAUUAAACAUCUGGAAUUUUAAUCCUAACCCUUUGCAAAGGCACACAUUCUGGACAAUUAUUAUAGGAGGGACCUUCACAUGGACCACCAUCUAUGGCGUGAACCAAUCUCAAGUGCAGAGAUAUAUUUCCUGUAAAAGCAGAUUCCAGGCAAAACUGUCUCUCUACAUCAAUCUUCUGGGACUCUGGGCAAUCCUCAUCUGCUCUGUGAUUUGUGGGCUCGCCUUAUAUUCCAGGUACCAGGAUUGUGAUCCUUGGACAGCCAAGAAAGUGUCUGCACCAGACCAGCUCAUGCCUUAUUUGGUACUGGACAUUCUGCAAGAUUAUCCAGGACUUCCCGGACUUUUUGUGGCCUGUGUUUACAGUGGAACAUUAAGCACAGUGUCCUCCAGUAUUAAUGCCUUAGCAGCAGUAACUGUGGAAGAUUUAAUCAGACCUCACUUCAGGUCUCUCUCAGAAAGGAAUCUGUCUUGGAUUUCCCAAGGAAUGAGUGUGCUAUAUGGAGCCCUGUGUAUUGGAAUGGCUGCUGUGGCAUCACUAAUGGGAGCUUUGUUACAGGCUGCACUCAGCAUAUUUGGCAUGGUUGGUGGACCACUUCUGGGCUUGUUUUCUUUGGGCAUUUUGGUUCCCUUUGCCAACUCAAUUGGAGCUCUUGUUGGGCUGGUGGCUGGAUUUGUCUUCUCUUUAUGGGUUGGAAUUGGAGCUCAACUUUAUCCUCCACUUCCUGAGAGAACUUUGCCAUUAAACCUUGAAACCUAUGGCUGUAACAGCACAUACAACGGGACAAAUUUGAUGACAACCACAGAAAUGCCAUUUUCUACUAGUGCUUUUCAGAUACACAAUGUCAAAAGGACUCCACUGAUGGAUAACUGGUAUUCUUUAUCAUAUCUCUACUUCAGCACUCUUGGAACUUUGGGAACAUUAUUCGUGGGGAUGCUUGUCAGUGUUUCAACAGGAGGAAGAAAACAGAAUGUAGAUCCUAGAUUCCUACUAACCAAAGAAGACUUUUUAUCCAAUUUUGAUAUUUUUAAGAAAAAGAAGCAUGUUCUGAGCUAUACAUCUCAUCCAGUGGAAGAUGGUGGGACUGAUAAUCCUGCCUUCAACCAUAUUGAAUUGAACUUCACAGAUCAAAGUGGCAAGACCAAAGGAACUCGUUUGUGA